AUGGGAGUAGGUGGAACCUCCCCUGUCAAGAUGGCGCCACGUGUCAAAAGCAGAGCAGUCUGGACGAGGGUGGCUCUGUCGUUGGUGGUGCUUUCGUUGGGGGUAGCAGACGCACGUCUUAUAUUUCCACCCGACUUCCCAAGUCCCCAAGGAACAGUGCGCCUGCCGACCGCGCUCGCGAACCCAAUAGCCGUGGACUUCACCAAGCUGCCUCAGUAUCCAAGGGCGGGCGUUACCUUCUUCACAUCAAGAGUGGCGGCGAUUUUGCAAGGCUCGGUCUCUGUCCAAGUUCCACCCCCGGGCAUGAACGGUCAACCGCUCCAAAAGACCUCAGUCCAGUACACGAUAACCGUUGGCUGGGACGUUCUCCAAGUCACCAUCGUAGCCGCCGACCAGCCGCUCUACCUGAACCAGCAGAAGAUCCCCCCAGGGCAAAAGUCGAGCCCGGUUUACCUCGUCGGCCAAGUCACGAUCCUCUCGGUCCUCGCAACCACCGCCCAAGACGUCGCUUUGCGGACGUACGUCAUCUACGUUUACCGUCCGGGGGCUCCCCCCGGGCUGGAACUCCCCUCCGCUCCACCAGUAGGAACCGCGCCCGCUUCGGGGGGGUCUACCAGCCCCCCGGCGGUGAUCAUUCCUGGAGCCCCUUCCCCCCCAAAAACCCCCACAGGAACACGAAAACCGCGGCCCCCCCGGACGUCCGCCCCCGUGUUUCCGCCCGGGGGAUCCCCCUCUCCACCCUCGCAAGGGGCACAAACGCCCCCCUCGGCGAAUAGCCCCCCGGGGGCGACCUCCGGUCCAUCCAACCCGGUUCCAAACCCGGUCUCCACGCCUGGGGGAUCCCCCUCCCCCGGAGCAAGUGCUCCGAACACUCCUUCUGGGGGUGUUCCGGGGGCAACGCAGAGUGGUCCGCCUGCUUCGGGGGGAUCCCCGGGGGGCAGUGGGUCUAACGGCGGGAGCACACCAGCCCCAAGCAGCGGAGGGGGUUCGCCGCCAGGGGGCAGCACGGGUGGCCCCCCCGGUUCGGGGGGCAGCACUUCCGCCCCUGGUCCGAGCGUAAGCGGCCCCCCUGGAUCUGCGUCGGGGGGCGGCACAAGCGGCCCCCCUGGAACUGGAGCGGGGGGCACGAACGCCCCCACAAGCACUGGUGGGGGGACCCCUGACUCUGGUAGUGGCACCGGGGGGAGUCCUGGGACAGGGGGACAGGGCACGGGCAGCGGAAGCCCAACGCAAACCCCCGGAAGUGGAAGCGGAACCGGAAGCAGCAACGGGGGAACUAACUCUCCAGGGGGGAGCGGUUCGAGCCCAGGGGGGGGCACGACGCCCUCUCCCUCCAGCCCGAGCAGUGGGGGAAGCCAAGCCCCCCCGGGGCUCAAGGACCCCCCGGAAACGGGAAUGGCAGUGGAGGUAAUGGGGGUUCUGGAAGUGGGGGGACUCCAAGCACCGGGGCGCCUGGCAGCGGUGGGGGGGGCGACGGUGGGAGUGGGGGAAGUACUGCGGCCCCGGGAGGUAACGGGGGGGCAGGCGGGACUGGAAGCCCCCCGCCCGAAGAAGGAUCACCGACGCCGGCGGGAAGUCCCAACAGCCCAGGACAAGGUGAGUUUCGAGCAGCGGGAUGAGUAG